AUCGGUAUCAACACCAGGAGAGCUGGCCUGCAGGAGGAGCAUGAUGGCUUCAAUUUGACCACAACAAACCUUGAGUCUUGCAGAAACCAGUGGAGACUAACAUGAACUCUGAAGUGAAGGCUCAGAAGGAGAGGGUAGCUGCAGCUGCCCCUGAUGGCGGCUACGCCUGGUUCAUCCUGCUCUCCUGCUUCCUGGUCUUCGGCCUAACAUUUGGUGUCAUCAAGGCCUUUGGUGUAUUCUAUGUCGAGAUACACCGAUACUUUGAAACCACAGCAACAGGAACAUCUUGGAUUACCUCUAUUGCAGUGGCUACCAUUCAUGUUGUGGCUCCUGUAGCGUCUGCUCUGAGUGCUCGCUUCAGCCACCGCUCUGUAGUGAUAACGGGAGGACUGAUAUGCAGCAUAGGAGUCGUGUUUGGGGCUUUUGCUGGUAACCUGAUUGAACUCUACUUAACAGUGGGGUUCCUAAAUGGUUUUGGCUGUGCAUUGACAUGGACGCCCACAGUGACCAUGCUGGGCUUAUACUUUGAGAAGAGACGGCCCGUAGCAAAUGCCUUGGCCAGCGCUGGAGAGUGCAUCCUUACAUUUGUCCUCACACCCCUGUUCCAGUUGUUGAUUGACAGCUACUCCUGGAGGGGUGCUUUGCUAAUCCUGGGGGGUUUGCAGCUCAACCUGUGUGUUUGCGGAAUACUGCUGAGGCCUCUAAACACCACCAGAGAUGUGACUUGUGAGUUCAAGGCGGAGGAGGAGGGCUUGUCCCUGGAAUUGCUAACAAAAGAUGACUCGGAGCAGAGCAAACCAAGCUGCCUAGAGGCAGAGGCAGAGGCAGAGGCAGAGGAGCUGAGAAUAUCUGAGGGGUGUGAUCAGGGGAAAAUCAAAGCAUGUCAUGAGGACCCUGAAGAGAUUUCAAUCAUGAAAGUGCAAGUCUCUAACAACAAGACUAAGAGGGCUGAAUUUAGGACCAAAAUCCUUCGCUACGUAGAUUAUACUCUCAUCACCAAUGCUCGAUUCAUGGUCUACUCAAUAUUUGGGGUGUUUGCUGCGCUGGGUUUCUUUGCCCCAGCUCUCUUCCUGGUUCCAUAUGCUCGUAGUAAGGGAAUUGAGGAGUACCAGUCAGCUGCACUCAUGUCCAUCUCUGCAGCGUUGGACCUGUUUGGAAGGGUGUUCUUUGGCUGGGUGGCAAACUUGAGACUGGUCCAGACAGUUCAGCAGCUGACAGCUACAGUUAUUCUGCUGGGUACUGUGUUACUCCUCUGCCCACUGGCCUCGUCGUUCUCAGAGCUGGCUGCUUUCAGCGCCGCUUAUGGCCUGGUGUACGGUGCCACGGUCGCCAUCCACAUCACUGUGUUAGCUGAGGUUGUAGGCGUCCACAGGCUCGGAAGUGCUCUGGGGUUCUUCAUGCUCAUACGCAGCAGCGGAGGUCUGCUUGGACCGCCCAUUGCUGGAUUCUUCAUAGACAAGAUGAGUGAUUACGGAACAGGUUUCCUCAUGGCAGGAGUGGCUCUCAUCGUCUCUGCUCUGUUCCUGCUGCUCCUCCAUCAGAUGAACCGCAGGGGUCAGAGGUCAACCACCAAGAACUGCGAUAUGCGUACAGACAAAAUGGAACAAAGCCCCAGAGCUGAAACCAAAGAGCUGGACAUGACAUGAAUGAAGAAAAAAAAGUGUCUGUGGCUGAUAGACGAUGAGUUUGAAAUGAAAUCUGAAACUCAGGUUUAAAAAGUGGAAAAUUGCUGUGUAGACUGAAGCAGUGUUUUUUUUAUAAUGGAGAAAUAUUAAGACAGUCUGCAGACAGUCUGCAAGAUAGAAACUUCAUUUCUAUCUUGCAGUUGUGAAUGCUGUGAACAAGAUAUUGAACAUUUAAAUUGGGUUAGUUAAUCUUAAAGUGUUCAUGUUCUUCCUCUUUAAGUUAUUUAUUGUUUUGAGCUUUACUGUUUUCUUAUUUUAAGAUAUUGGUGGGAUUGUAGUCAAGGGGCAAAUAGUGAUACUUUUUUAAAAUGUGAAACAUAAGGUUCAGUCCUCCUCCCUACCCCAGUAAUGUAUGUAGAGUCCCUAAAGUGUUCAUAUUAAACAUUAACCUGAUUUCCUGGAAUGUUGGAAAGUCACAUACUGUCACUUUCCUACUGUUGAUGCUGUUUAUACUGUGUAUGUGUGUCACUCAGGUGCAAAAUGAAAAUGUGACUAUGGCUCCCUCCAGUGAGAAGUUACUGAUAUUGCAUUUGCAACUGUCAAAACUGCAGGACUGAGCUGAAAAGUGCAGAUACAUGCAGACAUUAUUAUACACACAGGGAAGAUUG